AUGGUAUUUUCUCAAAGUAAACGUAUAUUUGCACGUUCUUUUUCGUAUUCAAUACAAUUUCCGCAUUUAUUUUUAGCGUGUGAUUACCUUAAAUUCCUUGAAUUCGUAUCUUAUCGUUCUCCUCAAAGUACACGUAAACGACAACAAUUUCACUCAACAUCUAUACAACGGACAAACAUAAAAUCCAAAUCUGAUCGCCAAAAACAAGAAUCAAAACCCAAUCCAAUAUCUGGAACCGAGACACACCCUAAACAUGGUUUAAUUGAUCAGAAUGACGAAAAGUUGUCUGAUGCAAUGUCGAAAAAGUUGAAUAAACAACAGCAACAACAACUAUCACCAAAUCUAUA